GAGCCGGCGCCGCCGGCUCGGCUUUAGCCCGCCGCGUUUGGGGCGCUGCUGACAGCCGCCGCGCCCUGCCGCCAGCGCCGCCGCCUCCCGCCGCCUCCCGCAGCGCCCGUCGCGGACGGGCACCGAGCCGGGCGCGGAGCGCGGUAAGGGGGUGCCCCUCGCUCGGCAGCCAGCGCCCCGCAGGCGGCGGGCGGGGAGAGGAGCCCCCCGGCGGGAGGGCACCGCGGCCGGCGGGAGCGCCUCGCCCGAGCCGUCGCGCAGCCUUCCGCGCGGGUGCCGCUGAGGGCCGCCGCUCCGCUCCGCAGCGCCAUGCCCGCCGCCCGCCCCUGGCGCCUGCCCGCCCUCCUGCUGCUCCUGCCGCUCCUCGCCGGCCGCGCCGAGGGCGACGGCUCCCUGCGCCCCGCGGGCCUGGGCAGGCAGAGCCCGGCGGCGGCGGCGGACGCCGUGGCGCAGACGGCCGGCACCCCCGGGCUGCGCGGCGCCGAGCCCAACGCCUCCCGCCCGGGCGGCGUGCCGCAGGGCGCGGGGGCGGCCGGCGGGAGGCCGCGCUCGGCCUCGCCGCCCAUGUGCACGGGGCAGACGGAGAUCAAGGAGACUUUCAAGUACAUCAACACCGUGGUGUCCUGCCUCGUCUUCGUGCUGGGCAUCAUCGGCAACUCCACGCUGCUGCGGAUCAUAUACAAGAACAAGUGCAUGAGGAACGGGCCCAACAUCCUCAUCGCCAGCCUGGCGCUGGGCGACCUGCUCCACAUCAUCAUCGAUAUCCCCAUCAACGUCUACAAGCUGCUUGCAGAAGACUGGCCCUUUGGGGUUGAAAUGUGCAAAUUAGUACCCUUCAUUCAAAAGGCAUCAGUGGGCAUCACAGUCCUGAGUUUGUGUGCCCUCAGUAUAGAUAGGUACCGAGCAGUUGCUUCUUGGAGUCGCAUCAAGGGAAUAGGAGUGCCAAAGUGGACUGCUGUUGAAAUUGUAUUAAUCUGGGUUAUAUCAGUGAUAUUAGCUGUUCCAGAAGCUAUAGCAUUUGACAUGAUUACAAUGGAGUACAGAGGAAAGCAUCUUAGAAUUUGCCUGCUUCAUCCCACACAAAAAACAUCCUUUAUGAUGUUUUACAAGCAAGCUAAAGAUUGGUGGCUGUUCAGCUUUUAUUUCUGUUUGCCAUUGGCGAUCACAGCAUUUUUCUAUACUCUGAUGACUUGUGAGAUGUUAAGAAAGAAAAGUGGGAUGCAAAUAGCUUUAAAUGACCACUUGAAACAGAGACGUGAGGUGGCCAAAACUGUGUUCUGCCUGGUGCUUGUUUUUGCCUUGUGUUGGCUCCCACUUCAUUUAAGCAGAAUAUUGAAACUCACUAUUUAUGAUCAGAAAGACCCGAAUAGAUGUGAACUUUUAAGCUUUUUUCUUGUGAUGGACUACAUUGGUAUUAACAUGGCUUCACUGAAUUCCUGCAUCAAUCCAAUAGCUCUGUAUUUGGUUAGCAAAAGAUUCCAAAACUGCUUUAAGUCAUGUUUGUGUUGCUGGUGCCAAUCCAAAGAUCUAUUGUCCCUGGAGGAAAGGCAAUCCUGUUUGAAGUUCAAAGCUAAUGAUCACGGAUAUGAUAAUUUCCGCUCCAGUAACAAGUACAGCUCUUCAUAAAACAGGCGUAAAAGUGCCUUAAAUAUGCUCAGGAUGAAAACAGUUUUCAUAAAAUCUUCAGCUCGUGUUGCCUGGGAUGAGGAUCAUCUCACCUGACUUUAGGCAUCUACAGCAUACCUUGUAGACACCUAAAAAUAGGUAAGGUGAACCCCAUUCCUGGUAUUACCCCAUCAAAAGCUAAUAACUAUAUGCCUGUAUAAACAAGCUGAGGACCUAUGCACGUGCGCUGGACUGCGUGCACUUGUGUGUGUGAAGGCAUGUGUGCAAGCGUGUAUGUUUUCUACCACUAGGUAGCUAUUACCAUCUUUCUGUAGCACAUACCCCGAACUGCUAAAAUGCUAAACUUUUAUAAGUAUAAAUCUAUUUAAAGUUUUGUUCGUUACAUUUUUCCGUGAAAAUAAGUCAUAAUGGUGUUCUUUGCCAGUUCCGAAGCUGUUAAGUAGAAGAAUUUUAAAUGAAAUUAAUUCAUUUUCUUCUACCCAGGAAGGUAAUAAUUGUCUAGUUUGACUAUAAAAAUAUUAAUCAUACUUGUUUACACAAUAAAUUUCUCAUGGUAAGCCAUGAAUAUCACUCCACUUCACCCUACCUGCAGGUAUUUCUGUGAAAUGCAUUUCAUCUGUUAAGAAUGGAUAAUCAGUUAAAUUCUAAGUUUGAUACUGGUCAGUGUUAACUUUCAUCAAGUUAUAUCAUGACAAUAUUGUACAUGUAUAUUAUUAUUUUUAUUUAAAAUAUAGCUGUUGUAUUGGCAACUGUGUAACAUAUUUUUUGUUUUGUGUGGAUUAAUUCCCUGUUAAGUCCUCCUAAGUUGGGCAUUUAGGUUUUGCAAACAAAGUGCAUAUAUACUGCCUACUUUUCAGGAAUAGUAUGUACUUACUAGCACACUUCUUUAUUUUCAGUAUUUUUCAGAGCAAUAUUUUUACUGAAACUCUUAUUUCCUAUAAUAAAAAUUUAAAAACUAUGCUCUCGUACACUUAGAAGAAUAUACAGGAGAACUCAAAUGUACCUGUGUUCUAGCUAGAAUUGAAUCUGCCGUACUGAAAACAGGCAUUCUCAAAAAUCCUCACUACAAGUUUAUUCCUAAAUCCACUGAAGUCAGUGAAUAUUUAAGCAUUAAUUUCAGUUGGAGCAGAAUUUAGGGCACAACAUAAGCUUUUUAAAAACACCUUCAUGAAAUUUACUAUCUAUCUUGAACAAAUAGAGGAAAAAUAAAGAUUUUUUUUUGACGAGUUGUCUAGAAAAGUUAGAAAGUAAAAGCUUUUGUCGUAAACAGCUUGUAUAAGGGCAACUAGUUCAGCCUCAAACAGGGGGCUGCACACAGCAGCACAACUGCAGAGGGGCAUGUGCAUCUUACCUAGGAGUCUGGCACACUUGCUUGGAGUGGUUUGAUAUAAACGAAGUGUCAUCAGUCCCAGUGGCCUGAGGAGUUAACACAGAAGGGCUCAAGAUGAAAAAAUACAAGAAAUUGCAGGACAUCUCUGAGUUUUGUCCUUCAGAUAAUAGUUAGAUUUUACUUUCCUCAGCUACUCUGAAUUCUGUCUGCAUAUAACGCUCUCGAGAAUUCAGGGAGGGAAUUUCAGACUGAGUGGACUGAACUGAUUACACUGGUACUACACCUCGGAGAAUAAAAUGCAAAAUUCAAAGUGUAUGGAGCAUCUGCUGUUAGCUAUCAUAUUUCAUUGUCCCAAACUGUCCCUUAAGCAUUGACUUAGCAAGAGAAUGUUGUGUGUACUGAAAUAAAAAUGUUAAAAGAUUUUUUUUAAUUGUUCUGUA